AUGAAGAAAUACCCAAAGUAUGUAUGGAAAGAAAUCGAUUGCAUGGAGAAGAGAUUGUCUGUUUUUGCAAAAGAAAUUUCUACGUCAUUAGUUUUAGUUACUACAGCUGGCUCCGGAACAGCAAAUUUUGUAUUCAUGCAUGAGAAGACAGGAGUAAUCAUUGCUGCUCCAAAUGUCAAUGAAUGGUCAGUCAUCUCAACUGUUUCACUAAAUCUAUUUAUGAUUUACUACAAACAGUCAUCGCUAGGUUUCUGGGAGGCCCAGGAUAUCCAGAUCAGUUAUAAUCCUUUCUUUAACCACUUCGAAAAUAUUUUGUAUGCAGUUAAACACGGAAAAUGGGAUUCCUUAUCUACAGACUAUCAACCAUUUUUAGAUUUGGCAGAUGUUGAAAUGAAACUCGAAUAUAAACUCAGAGAAACCGAAGUCAAAAUGUCCGAUAUUUAUAAUUAA